GUUGCGCUAUCCUGUCCUGGGCUAAGAUCACCAAACAAAUAAUGGUGGAGUAGCGAUAGCCUGGAGUAGCUGAUUUACAUCAAGUGAGGGAUAUUCUUCGAGAUCAUGAAACAGACUACCACUACAGAGCGCACUAGAACCACAGACGAACGUAUCGCUCGUUAACAGCUUAUUUGCUAGCACACAUCAGCAGCUCGUCAGGUGAAAAAAAGGUGCUGGCAAAACCCCCAGCAACUGCUUCGGUGUUAGGGCCUUACAUCAGCCGGUAUUCAGCGACCGAGAGGCGAGCCACAGUCUCUAAGCAACGCAGCACACAAUGCCGGGCUUCGCAGAUUUCAAGGACCGGGCGUCCAACGUUUUCGGUGGCGUUGGGUUCGAAAAGUUCGAAACCAAGCAAGGCUAUGACCAGAUGGAUGGGGCAGCCGUCGGUGGCGCCUACCAGACGGACACCGGCGGCAACGACUCACCGAUGUCGUUCGAGGAAAUUGAACGGCCACCGUUGCGCCACGUCGACAAGUACGUUCGCGCGGAGUGUCCCUGCAUCAAGACGACCCGCUACACGAUCUCGCUGAUGACCUGCCUAGGCUUUAUCAUUUCGUUCGGUAUGCGCUGUAACAUGGGCAUGGCCAAGCUGCAGUUCGAGAACGGGUCGGUAAAGUACAACUGGACCGUGGCGAUGGAGAGUGCGGUCGAUUCGUCAUUCUUCUGGGGCUACCUAGUGACGCAAGUACCGGGCGGCUUUCUCGCGUCGAUGUUUCCAGCAAAUCGAAUCUUCGGUACGGCCAUCGCUAUUUCGGCCUUUCUGAAUCUGCUCGUCCCGGGCGCCAUGAUGCUGCAUCCGACCGUUGUGAUUCUGGUACGCGUCCUGCAGGGUCUGGUGGAGGGUGUAACGUAUCCCGCCUGUCACGGUAUCUGGCGCUUCUGGGCCCCACCGCUCGAGCGCUCCCGGCUGGCAACGAUGGCUUUCAGCGGUUCGUACGCAGGCGUCGUGAUAGGCAUGCCAAUGUCCGGCAUUCUGACCGGCUCGAUCAGUUGGCACGCCCCGUUCUACUUCUACGGCGUGAUGGGUCUCAUAUGGUACUGCUUUUGGCUGUGGUUAUCGUUCGAGAAACCGCGCCAACAUCCAACCAUCUCCGUGAAGGAGCUGAAGUACAUCGAAAAGUCACUCGGCGAAUCGGUACAGCUGCCGAUGCCGACCAUAGCAACGACACCGUGGCGUCACUUCCUGACGUCGAUGCCCGUGUACGCGAUCAUCGUGGCGAACUUUUGCCGCUCGUGGAAUUUCUAUCUGUUGGUACUGUACCAGAGUGCCUAUCUGAAGCAUUCGUUCGACUUCCGGAUUGAGGAGACUGGUUUGCUGGGUGCACUGCCCCAUCUACUGAUGACGAUCAUCGUACCAUUCGGAGGCAUGUUGGCGGAUCACAUCCGAAAGUCUGGCAUCCUGUCGACCACCAACGUGCGGAAGCUGUUCAACUGCGGAGGGUUCGGGUUGGAAGGUCUCUUUUUCUUGGUCGUAGCACAUGCCACCAGUUCUAUGGGUGCAGUGACGGCACUGACGCUCGGUGUUGCCUUCAGCGGGUUCGCCAUAUCCGGUUACAACGUCAAUCAUCUGGACAUUGCUCCACGCUACGCCAGUAUUCUGAUGGGAAUGUCCAACGGCAUCGGUACGAUAGCGGGCCUGAUCUGUCCUAUCGCGAUAGACCACCUGACACGGGGGCAGCCUAAAUCAUGCUGGUCAACGGUGUUCACGAUAGCAGCCACGGUACACUUGGUUGGCAUUACAUUUUACGCGAUUUUUGCGUCGGGUGAGCUACAACCAUGGGCCGAACCGACGGUAGAAGAACAACGGGCCUGGGAUCCGGUUGGUUCCGGUUACGAGAAGGAAACCACCUUCAACGACGCCGGUGACGGCGGAACCGCCGGUGGCAUUACGGAUCCAAUGGCACAGAUCAACGCCACCAAGACGGUGUCGUACGGUGCGGUCCAACAGCACGUGGCCAACAAUCCGUUCGCCUACCCGAACGCCAUCAGCGAGGAACCGGUACAACCGGAAGCGAGGGACACAUACUUACACGGAAAUCCCACAGAGCGUACCUACUGACCUGCUCGCAUGAAGAAAACCGUAACAUUUAGCAUGAAUUAGAGUACCGGAGCUGGUAAGAUGGUGUUCGAGUUAUGUUUAAUUUUCGUUGUUUUUUCCGUUUAAUGGCAACAAUGCGUUACGUUGCGUUAUAAAACGUAACGCCGUAGGCAGGAGCCGCGAAAGGGCGGAAUUGAGGGAAGCCAAUCGAGCGAAACUGAAAUACAAAAUAAAACUUAACCCUGCUUAAGCAAUUACAACACUAGAUAGUAACUAACAAAACAAAAAAACAUAGCUAAAAACAUAGCAAAAGAUGCACAUUGUAUUUACAAAACCAAUCGACGAGUGUACAUACACACCAAACUGACAUUAUAUUAACUAUAUACAUCCAUAUGCCGUGCGCCAUAAUAAUAUUAUCGUAUAUAGCAACAAAAUAGCACAGCAUGAGUACUAUCGACUACUGCCUGCCAGGGAGUACUAGCGAAGCAAAACACACAAAUGAGACACAAUUGUUAAGGCGCCGCACUAAUUUAAAAUUUUCGUUUAUGCUGGAACGGUAUAAAUCGCGUCUGUAGCUUUAUUCGGCAGCGAGCAUCCUUGCCGGCCCGAAGGAAGUACUGCAGAGUGAAGGAAUUAUGAAGCAACAAUCAAACUUAGACGUUACGAGAUGAGCAUGAAGUUAAGGAACUUAAUUCAAACUAAUCCCCCCUGCCAAUACAGUGUUUGCCUCCAGCUGUUCCGAUAAAACAAAUCUGUCUAUAGAAACAAAUCAAAAUAUAAAAUAAUGAAAAAAAAAACCAAGUGUCAAUUUGUGAACGAGUAGCUCGACACGGUCAGUGUGGUGACGCACGUAAAAUAUCCGGCAAGCAAAACUUAAUUAAGGAUGGUUAAGAAAGUUGAAUGUACCGCUAAUGUGGUUCCUCGGCGGGGCGCGAUCAUUGCGUUCCUCUCAUCACACGCGUUGAACUCUUUUGACCGAGGGCGCAAAUGGCAACGUACUGCUUGUGUAGCUGAUCGUGUAAUUAGGUAACUUUUAUGUUUUUGUUUUGUAUGUUUUCUGACCGUUUCUAGCAGAGGAAGAGUUAAAUUUGAGGUGUCAACUCACUCUCAAAGGCUGUGGCGACAAUAAUAAAACACGGUACGGGCGUAAUAGCCCGAACCGGACCCCGCGUAGGUUAUAAGGCGACAGUGGCUUCGUGCCGAUGGGCUUUCCUGUAAAGUAUCUAGCUACCAGGUUUUAGUUGUUGAAAUUGGAUAUUUUUAUUUUACCGACAUAUGUCGUGGUGCGGUAGGCUUGUAUUAUAAACCACUUGGCAGCUGCAGGAAGCGUACGCUGAGCGGUCGCUGAUGUAAGUGUAUAAAUUUAGAUUCCUGAGUUUUUAGUGUGGUAAGGCUCAAUAAGCGUUCGAUAUGCACGAACGGAGUACUGCGAAUGUGACAGUGAAACAAUAACUAAACAACGCCUAGCUUGUAAGGCAACAUCCAAACAAAUAGUGCUAAGCCGUUCCGUGAUAUAGUGAAUUAUAUACAGCUCAUCAAACAAAAGUUUAAAUCGUUGCAAUACGAAGUGAAACCUAAUUAGUAGCGAUGCACGUUGAAAACCUCUCCGGUCAUGUAACACCACACCGAUGGCGGGAAACGAUUGCCCUUUUGUGAGUGUGGGGGGAAGAUUGUCGUUGUACACUAUCUAAUUGGCAACCAUCCAAAUUUGUCACGGGAAGAGAAUUGGAACUCUAAAGCAAAAGAAACAAUAACAGCGAAAAACAUGUAACCCUCCUUACGAUCCUUUGCCGCACAUGUUCCGGGGUUUGGACCGGAGGUUUUGAGACUGUGGCAUCGAUAAUGAUAAACAGACAAACCACCCGUAUCCGGCUAAGAUUGUAUAUACCUAGACAAACGGCAGCUCUUGCCGGGCCGUUCGACCCGAACCGAACAUCUUCUCGGUUGGUGUCGGGCGGCUCGUGGAGUUGUCGGAAUCAUCCAACAAACGGGUAUUGUAAUGCUAGUGUUGGGAAUGAUCGAUGUUGGUAGUUGUAAUAACGUAUGAUUUCGAACGAACAUUAAAACACUUUGAACAAAAUGUCUCUUACGGAAACGUGACCCCUAUACGCGAUCAAUUGAAAUUUUAGUGACAGUAGGUAGGCCUUAGUUCCCCAUCGUUCUGUAUACCCACACUGUACCGAACUGUAACUGCUCCUAUUACACAACCCGGACCAUGGUUUGAUCGUUCCUCCCUCUCGAACCACCCAUACAAACACACACAUCUUCCUGAACCACUCGCUGGCAGCACUGACAGAAGUGCUGCCAGUGUCACUGUACAUGACCUCAGUUACCCCACUCGCUAUUUGACCAACUAAGAGAUGUAACAUAAGUCUAGCCCGUAAUCAUUGGGGGACAGAAUGUAAACGACACCGAACUGUCUGUCUCUCUGGUCCAUCUGGUCCUACUGAACCGUGCAGAGCAGGUGGAACGCGUAGUAGUUUAGGCCGAUACAAAUAUUAAGGCACCCAACGAAGAUUCCUUUGCUGCGGGGCACUGCGAACAGUUGGUAUGCCAGGAACGCAUAUUAUCAGGAUGACAAUCACAGCUGUUGUUGCAUCCUCCCUUUUCUGGUAGUGUAUCCUUCCCAAAAAACGUAGUGCGUAUGCGUGAAGCAG